UCAUUUUCAGCGACGGAAGCUGAAGCCACGCUGCACGAGAAGCGAACUCCAACUAUAAGCAUUGAACUCUGGUGUAGUGAACGGUUGAUGCGGUCGCUCACACUAGUUACUUCGAGUGCAGUUGCCGGAGAAACAAAUCCCCGCAAGAUGAAAGCAGGAAUGUAAUGACCUCUCAGUCUGCAACACUCUGCUAAGCUUCGCCUUCACGGUGGCAUGGAGUAGCCUAAGAGGUGACGUUUUAUUGUCUUGGCUACCGAGCGUGACUUGUCGUAAUCCUCUUUGGUGGAACCCAGACUGGCUCAGAGACAAAGAAAAAGCUGCAGUUUACUGUAACGUCCAGAUGGAUUUGAACAAGGAGAUACGCAAGGCUUACACAAAUAGCAUAGAGAUAAGGACCAUAAAUGUUAAGGAGGAAGACUGUGAAUGGAUGUCUGUCUACCCUAAACAGGAGUGUCUGGGCAUUAAGGAUGAAGAGGGUGAAAUGGGGUCAAUGAGCAUUAAAGAAGAGACUGAAGGAAAGUCUGUCAGCAUGGAGGCACACAAAAGUAAAAGUGUGAAGAGUGUCAAGGAAGAAGAACUUCAUUAUGGGUGUCAAGAUGAAUUGAUCACCAAGUUAGUCUCUUCUCAAAGUAGACACUGCUCAUCUGUCAAUGUGAAGUCUGAAUCCUUACUGUCUGACACAAAGGGAAUUAAUGAAAAUACAACUGUUGGAGCUCAAGAAGAUCAGUCACCACAUACAAAUCAGUCUGGUGAAAGAUAUAAACCUCACAGCUGUUCUGAAUGUGGCAAACUAUUUUGUCACAAGAACUCUCUUCUGAGGCACAAAACAAUUCAUACAGGAGAGAAGCCGCACUGCUGUUUGGAAUGUGGCAAACAAUUCCGUGAGAGUAGUAAACUUCAGUGUCACAAAAAAAUUCACACUGGAGAUAAGCCACACUGCUGUUUGGAAUGUGGCAAACGAUUCAGUGAGAGUAGUAAACUUCAGUGUCACAAAAGAAUUCACACUGGAGAGAAGCCAUACUGCUGUUUGGAAUGUGGGAAAUGUUUUCGUUACAGUGGUCAUCUUCGGUGCCACAAACGAAUUCACACGGGAGAAAAGCAAUUUAGCUGUUUAGAAUGUGGCCGGAAAUUCUAUGACGAGAAGAGUCUUCAGAGUCACAAAAGAGUUCACACUGGAGAGAAGCCAUAUUGUUGUUCUGAAUGUGGGAAAUGGUUUCGUUACAGUAGUCAACUUAACUGCCACAAAAAAAUUCAUACAGGAGAGAAAAGCUAUUCAGCUGUUUAGAAUGUGGCCAGCAAUUCUAUAACAAGAGAAGUCUUCAAAGUCACAAAAGAGUUCACACUGGAGAGAAGCAUUAUUAAUAACAUUAAUUAAAAAAUUAACAGGACUAGGAAAGUCCACUGGUCGAGUGACGAUAAAGAGGAGAUCAUGUCCUGCUACUUUUAUGCAACAAACCCUGAAUUUCCAACAAAGGGAUAUGCAAGGAGGAAUCGCAUAAAACUACAAUCCAGAAAUAAAAUCGCAAGUUCCUAGUUGAGUAAUAUAACAGAUGCAAAUUUAAGAUCUGUAAUUGGAAUAAUUAAAGAAAGAAGGCAAAUAACUGAGGAGAAAUUAGACUAUCUCCAAAUAAGAACAAAGAAGAGGUCAUACAUGAAAAAACUCAAAUCCAGCAGGUAUGAGAACAGAAAGGGAGAAGACCUGGGAUAAUGAGAAGAGGAGGGAUCUUGUAUGUUGUCAAAAUUUAUGCCAGCUUGAAAACAUCAGCAGGAAAAUUAAGCAAAAAAGUGGAAAUGGACAUACAGUGGAUCCUCAGGUCACUACCAUAAUUUGUUCCAAAACUCUGGUCGUGACCCGAAGUAAUUUCCUCCAUAGGACUGUAUGUAAAUACAA